GACACAAAGAGAACGACAGAAGAUGCGACUGCCACUGCUUGUCUUGUUUUCUGUCUCCACGACGGUCACCUUCAAAAAUGACAAACAGAAGAAAGAUGACUGCGGCGGUCAGUGGGACGGCAGCAACUUACCCAAGGCCAGUAUGCACUUUGUUGUCUCCCUAUAUAAAUUGGUGUCUUCCAAGACGGCAAAUGCCCCUCCCAACUUCUUCCUCUCACCAUUCAGCAUCUACACCACGCUGGCCAUGUUAGGUCUCGGGGCAAGAUCCUCAACUCAGCAGCAGAUUCUGGAUGCCAUGUGUUUGAAUGCCAGUCAAGCCGACAAAAUCUUGAAGGACGACUUUAAGAACUUCCUUGAAAAAAGUAGAACAAAACAAGGAGAGGUGGAGUUCAGAUUUUCCAACUGGCUCUUCCUAGAUAAAUCCUUUUCCCUUGACACCCAAUACCAUCAGGACCUGGUCAACUACUACAGAACCUACAUCUACGUCAUUAACUUCAAGGAUCCAUUGAAGGCAGAGAGAAUUAUCAACGAGAAAAUCAGCGGCCAUUCAGAUGGCAAAAUAGAAGACUUGGUCAGCAACGUGAACAGAUGGACGCUGAUGUUUCUGAUAGACUAUGUAAACUUUAAUGCAAAAUGGGAAACCCCUUUCACCUUCCAAGGGACCAAACGUGGACUUUUCAAGGUGAACAAGUUAAAAACGAUCGAGGUUAAAAUGAUGCAUCAAGUGGGACAAUUCAAGACCUUCAAGGACCAUGCGCAUGACUGUGUGGUGGUUCAGGUCCCAUACACCGACCAGCUCGUUCUGCUUCUUAUUGUGCCGAAUAAUGGAGAUCUCGAUGAAGUGGAAAACCAGUUAUCCAUACGGCUCAUAGAACGGUAUUUAAACAAAGCUAAGACCAGUCUGCUGGAUCUCUACAUCCCCAAAGUAUUUGUACAAAAGAAGUGAAUGUGCAGAGUGCUCUGAUGAAAAUGGGGAUACUACAAGUGUUUAAUGAAACCGCAGAUCUGUCUGGGAUCUCAAAGAAACCAGGGCUGAAAGUGUCUGGAAUUUUGCACAAGACUUUGAUUAAUAUUGUUGAGAACUAUACAGAAUCCACUGAAGGUGGAAUCGUAAACGUUUUUACUCUUCCCAGUGCUUUAGAAUUUAGAAUUGAUCGACCAUUUCUUGCCUUGGUGUACAACAAGC